AUGACAUUGGUUGCAAAUAAUAUUCGCAAUAAAGGCAGGAGGAAUAAUGUGCUCUGUUCCGACGCUGAUGACGAUGAUGCCCCGACCGUUCCUCAGCGCUUUAAGCCUCGUAAGAGUACUGUAGAUAGUCAUGGUGAUGCCCUAAUUGAUCAUGAACUGCUUUCUAUUUGUGACGAAAACAAUGAUGAAUAUGAACGAAUUGCUCGAAGAAAAUCUAGGAUACUUGAGCCUCAUCCUGUAGGCUUGGAUAGUCCAUGCCAAUCAGGGAAUAAACCACCUGAUCAAGAUCAGCUCUCUAGACCUAAUUCAAACCAACCAUCUAGUUCUCAGCGCCGAAUUGAUGCUGCUGCACCUCGUUCGAUUUCCCAGGCUCAAAUUGGUGAUCAUUAUGGUACCUGCAUUAAGUUAGCUGCAGAAAACAAAAUUACCUCAAAGAAUGCAUUCAAUUUGCACCUUAUAGACUAUAUGAGUGAAAUGAUCCAAAAAGAGGACUUUGCGAGUUUUCAGAUGGCCAGCUCUUCUCUAGAUGCCGGAGCCAAGAUUUACGCUGGCCGCGUUGACGCUGUUCAUCAAGAGACCUAUCAAGUCCUCACAGGUUUAGGCCGUUCUGAUAGUGGUAAACAGCAGACAAGGCAUGAAGGAGAGGAAAGCGACAACGAGCAUCAUCAGAAUAUAGAUUCAUCUGAUGAAACAGACAACGGUUUGGAGCGUCCUGCACCUGAAGCUAAUAAAAAACGACGACAAAAGGCUCCAUCUCAGAGGGAUGUUAUACAAAAGCUGAUAGCUAAAAUCCGUAACAAAGUUGUUGCUUCUAAAUACGAUGUUGAUCCACUAUUUCAGCAUCAAGCUGCAUCAUAUGAUGAAGGAGGUAUUUCUGAAUUGCGUCUCAAUCGCUUGCGCACCAUUAAUAAUUCCUGUGAAUUGAUGCUAGAUAGUACUUCGCCAGUGAUGCAUUCUACUGGGGAAUCAGAGAUAAAUGACGAAGAGAUGAAAAAUCUGUUCGCUCCUCUGAAACUGCCCUCCAGCGUUGUGGAUCCUCUUAUGUCCAUAAUAAUCGAGUCAAAUUUUGUACACGUCAGCCUUGAUCAUGAAAAGACCAUUGAAAUAGGUCCCAGCAUCUGCAAGUCCUUCGAAAACUUUAUAUUUACUGAUUGGGAUAAGAGUAUG